AUGCAGGGGAGGACCUGGGGGCUGCGUCUGCUGCUCCUGCUGGGGUCGGGGCUGGGGUCCCAGGAGGCCCUGCCCCCACCCUGUGAAAGCCAGAUUUACUGCCAUGGGGAGCUUCUGCACCAAGUUCAGAUGGCCAAACUCUACCAGGAUGAUAAGCAGUUUGUGGACAUGCCUCUGUCCUUAGCUCCAAACCAAGUCCUGAGGCGCUUCCACGAGCUGGCCCAGGUCCACAACCUCAGCAUCCCCCGGCAGGAGCUGCAAGUGUUCAUCCAAGAACACUUCCGGGCUGUGGAGGAGCUGCAGCCCUGGACCCCUGGGGACUGGAGAGACAGCCCCCAGUUUCUGCAGAAGAUAUUGGACCCCAAGCUGCGAGCCUGGGCAGGGCAGCUGCACCAACUCUGGAAGAAGCUGGGAAAGAAGGUGAAGCCAGAGGUCCUCAUCCACCCCAAGCAGUUCUCGCUGAUCUACUCAAGACACCCCUUCAUUGUGCCCGGUGGGUGCUUUGUGGAGUUCUACUACUGGGACUCCUACUGGGUGAUGGAGGGUCUGCUCCUCUCUGAGAUGCCCGAGACGGUGAAGGGCAUGCUGCAGAAUUUCCUGGACCUGGUGCAGACGUAUGGACACGUCCCCAACGGGGCCCUAGUGUACUACCUGCAACGGAGCCAGCCCCCGCUCCUGACCCUCAUGAUGAACCGCUACGUGGCCCACACCAACGACACCGCCUUCCUACAGGACCACAUUGAGACCCUGGCCUCAGAGCUAGACUUUUGGAGUAAGAACAGGAGCAUUUCUGUGAGCUCCAGGGGAAAGAGUUACAUCCUGAACCGCUAUGAAGUCCCUUACAGGGGCCCCAGGCCGGAGUCUUACAGCAAAGACGCAGAGCUGGCCGCCACCUUGCCGGAAGGGAACCGGGACACUCUGCUGGCCGAACUCAAGGCCGGGGCCGAGUCCAGCUGGGACUUCUCCUCACGCUGGCUCCUAGGAGGCCCGAAUCCCAGUUCGCUCAGCAGCAUCCGAGCCAGCAAGCUGGUGCAGGUUGACCUCAACGCCUUCCUGUGCCAGGCGGAGGGGCUCAUGAGCAACUUCUACUCCAGACUGGGGAAUGACUCUGAAGCUGCGAAGUACAGAAAUCUGCGAGCCCAGCGCAUGGCUGCCCUGAAGGACGUCCUGUGGGAUGAGGGCAAAGGGGCCUGGUUUGACUAUGACCUUGAGAACGAUAAGAAGAAACUGGAGUUUUACCCAUCCAACUUUGCUCCUCUCUUUGCUGGCUGCUUCUCUGACUCGGACGAUGUAGAUAAAGCUCUGCAAUACCUGGAGGACAGCCGGAUCCUCACCUACCAGUAUGGAAUCCCGACCUCUCUCCAGAAGACAGGCCAGCAAUGAGACUUCCCCAAUGCCUGGGCCCCCCUGCAGGACCUGGUCAUCAGAGGUCUGGCCAAGUCUCCUUCAGCCAAAGCCCAGGAAGUAGCUUUCCAGCUGGCCCAGAAUUGGAUCCAAACCAACUUUGAUGUCUACUCCAAAGAGUCAGCCAUGUAUGAGAAGUAUGACAUCAGCAACGGUGGACAGCUAGGUGGUGGAGGGGAGUAUGAAGUUCAGGAGGGGUUUGGCUGGACCAAUGGCGUGGCCGUGAUGCUGCUGGACCGCUAUGGGGACCAGCUGAACUCGGGGGCGCAGGCUGCUUUCCUGGAGCCCCACUGCCUCGCAGACGCCCUCCCGCUCAGCCUCCUGCCACAGUGA